AUGGUUUCAACUUCAUCAGAUAUUUCAAGCAUUAAAGCCUUUGCAGAAUCAAACGGAGCCUCUCCAAUCCCUUCCAAUUACCACUCUUUUGCAGAUAUCAAUGAUGUUGCAGAUGCAGACGGCCUUGCAGCUUCCAUUCCAGUCAUUGAUUUCUCUUUCCUCACUUCAGAUGAUCCUCAAAUCCACACCAAAACUGUUGAUGAACUCGGCAAAGCAUGUGCUGAAUGGGGUUUCUUCAUGCUCAUAAAUCAUGGAAUUUCUGAGAGUCUAAUGGAAGAGUUGAUGAAAAAAUCUCGCGAGUUUCAUGAUUUGCCGAUGGAGGAAAAGAAGGAGUUUUGUGACAAUGGCGAUCCUUUCUCACCUAUCAGGCAUGGUUACAGGGAGGUUGCAUUUGAGUAUUGCGAAAAAAUCACGGUUAUAGCGAGGAAAUUAAUGCAGGGAAUAUCAAAGAGCUUGGGAUUAGAAUCCAGUUCCAUAAUUGAUUCCUCUGGUUUUGAUUCUGGCUUACAUUUCAUGCUUGUGAACCUGUACCCUCCAUGUCCACAACCAAACCUUGCUCUUGGCUUGCCCUCACAUUCUGAUGUUGGCUUCUUAGCCUUUCUCAUUCAGAAUGAAAUUGGAGGGCUUCAAGUUAAACAUGAGGGUAAAUGGGUCAAUGUCAAUCCCAUUCCCAACUGUCUAGUUGUCAACAUUGGAGAUCAACUUGAGGUUGUGAGUAACGGGAGUUAUGCAAGUGUGUUACACAGAGCAAUCCUGAACAACAAGGACACUAGGAUUAGUGUUGUAGUGUUGAAUGGGCCUGCACAAGACAAGGAAAUUGGACCUGCCCCUAAACUAUUGGAGAAAGAAAAGUCAUUGUUUAAAAGUAUUAAGUAUCGUGAUUAUUUCCAAGUUCAACAGAAGUCACGAUUUUCGGAGGGAAGACCCUUGGACCAGAUUCGAAACAGUGCUUUACAAUGA